AUGCCUGGAAGGUAUCGACAACGCCCGGCCGGUGGCGACGACAGCGUCAAGACUCCCUUACAACCGAAAUCUGUGAACACUCAGAACUCGAUCGACCGACUUGUAAGGCCAUUCAAAUGUCCAGGGACUGCAACACCGACUCGCGCAUCUGAAAAACCAUCGAGAAAGAGACGAAAGGUCAACUAUGCCAACGCCGAUGGGAGCGUGGAAGAUGGAGGGGAGAAGCCAUACACGAAUGAUGACCGACUCGCUUUGGAAACAAGAGAGGCCAACAGAUUCCCCGCGUAUAAACCGAGGGACAAAGAUGUGGCGUUCAGGUCACGAUUUCAGGUUCCGUUCAUCAACAAAGCCACCGGCGAAUACAGUUCCGGUCGGGUGGCUCCGACACUGGGGAUGCGACAAGGCGCGACAUUUGUGGUCAAGCCACUUCAUGACCCCAGUGGAGAAUUUGCGAUUGUUCUAUACGACCCCACAGUAGACGACAUCGCCGAGGCACCUGCGCCCAAAAACCCAGAAGCACCGACGGAGGAUACGCCAACAUUGGAUGAGCCAAUUAUACAUAAGAGUCUAGCAGACAUUCUGGGGCUCAAAAAGAACGUGGAGGAAAGACCAAAGGUGCCUGUCGUGAUUGAUCCGAGACUGUGCAAAGUGCUUCGGCCACAUCAAGUCGAGGGUGUGAAGUUCCUUUAUCGAUGUGUUACUGGGCUGGUUGACAAGAACGCCAAUGGAUGCAUCAUGGCAGACGGCAUGGGACUUGGUAAAACGCUUCAAUGCAUCGCAUUGAUGUGGACGCUACUCAAGCAGGCCCCCGAGGCCGGAAGAACUACCAUUCAGAAAUGUGUCAUUGCAUGUCCGUCAAGUUUAGUUGGUAAUUGGGCCAACGAACUGGUAAAAUGGCUUGGAAAGGACGCUACCACGCCUUUUGCGAUCGAUGGAAAGGCCACGAAGGCUGAGUUGAUAACACAGAUUAAGCAAUGGGCCAUUGCAUCAGGGCGUGGAAUUGUCAGGCCCGUCCUUAUUGUGUCCUACGAGACACUCCGUAUGUAUGCGGACACUUUGAAUGAUACCCCGAUCGGACUUCUUCUAUGUGACGAAGGUCAUCGACUAAAAAACAAGGAAAGCUUGACAUGGACUGCUUUGAAUAAACUUAAUGUUACUCGCCGAGUGAUUCUUUCUGGAACCCCUAUCCAGAAUGAUCUGUCCGAGUACUUCGCUCUUCUUCACUUCGCGAACCCGAAUCUUCUCGGCUCCCAGGCCGAUUUCCGGAAGAGAUUCGAAUUACCGAUUCUGCGAGGCCGGGAUGCCGCAGGCACAGACGCAGAUAAGAAGCUGGGAGAUGAACGCUUACUGGAGCUCUCUGGGAUUGUCAAUAAGUUCAUCAUCCGCCGAACCAAUGAGCUCCUCUCCAAAUACUUGCCCGUCAAGUAUGAGCACGUUGUGUUCUGCAACAUGUCACAGUUCCAGCGCGGUCUGUACAACCAUUUCAUUAAGAGCCCGGAUAUCCAAAGCCUUCUUCGCGGCAAAGGCAGUCAGCCGCUGAAAGCCAUUGGUCUUUUGAAAAAGCUUUGCAAUCAUCCGGAUCUGCUUGAUCUAGCGAACGACCUUCCAGGAUGCGAGCACACGUUCCCCGAGGACUAUUCGCCUCCCGAUUCUCGAGGUCGCGAUCGAGAAAUGAAGAGUUGGUACUCCGGCAAGAUGAUGGUGCUCGAUCGCAUGCUAGCCCGAAUUCGACAAGACACCAACGACAAAAUCGUCCUCAUCAGCAAUUACACUCAGACCCUAGAUCUUUUCGAAAAGCUCUGCCGGUCGCGGGGUUACGGCUCCUUGCGCCUCGACGGCAGCAUGAACAUCAAGAAGCGCACAAAGCUAGUGGACAAGUUCAAUGACCCAGAAAGUCCGGAAUUUAUAUUCCUCCUAAGUAGCAAGGCCGGCGGGUGUGGAUUGAAUCUAAUCGGCGCCAACCGGCUGGUACUAUUCGAUCCGGACUGGAAUCCAGCCGCUGACCAGCAAGCGCUGGCACGAGUGUGGCGAGACGGACAGAAGAAAGACUGUUUCGUCUACCGGUUCAUUGCAACAGGCUCGAUUGAAGAGAAGAUCUUCCAGCGCCAGUCUCACAAACAGUCCCUCUCGUCAUGUGUUGUGGACUCCGCAGAAGAUGUCGAGCGUCAUUUCUCCCUCGACUCCCUGCGAGAACUUUUCCAGUUCAAACCAGACACUCGGAGUGACACUCAUGACACAUUCAAGUGCAAACGGUGUCGGCCCGACGGCUUGCAAUGUAUCAAGGCCCCCGCCAUGCUGUAUGGUGAUACUAGUUCGUGGAACCAUUUUGUCAAUACCGGCGAGAAGGGGCCACUCAAUCAAAUCCAGGAUCUGCUUCUUCGUCAAGAGAGUGGGGAACAGGAUGUUUCGGCUAUUUUCCAGUACAUCAGCCACUGA